GCCAUUUCUCACUUCAUCCCAUCAUAAAAUGAAGGGUUGGAAUUGUUUGAAAGAACCAUCUUUGUUCUUGGGUUGUUUCCUUCUCCUGUUUUUUCUGCGAUGGAAGUGAAGCUUACACAUAAAAAGCAUAUCUCCCCCUCAAAAUCUCUUCUUUCUAACCUUACAAAAACAACCUUCCCUCCUCACACCUUGCGUUUAAAACCCUGGGCAGCUGCUGAAAUCCAACAUUUCCAAGGCCUGGUCAAGAAAUGGAGAUUGCAGAACAAGACCAAGGACUAUUCCUGCGCUCAUGUGGUGAAAGAUUUCCACUGCAGGGGUGAAACUUUGUCUUCCAUUUCAAAGAUGUAUGGAGUGUCCGUUCAUUCAAUUGCAGCAGCUAAUAAGAACAUUGUCGAUAUUAACCUUGUUUUCCGAGGCCAACUCCUUAACAUCCCUUCUUCAUCCCUACUAGACACUCAACUUGACCGAGCCAAGAAAAGUAGGUUAUGGCAAUCCAUCCGUGCACUUAAAGCUCCUUCAGGGCAAAAGUUUUUCACCAUGAUAACUGCACAUUGUUUAUCAAAUCAGGCUAAAUCCACUGGUUAUUUUCUAGUUCUGGUCCCUCUUAUAGCGUUUUGCAUUGGAUGCAUAAUCGUUACCUUACAUACAAGAGUAUCCAGAAGCAUAAAGCACCAAGCUGCUGAUGAGUCUCAAGCACAUCAUCCUGGGGCAAAAGGCAGGCGAUGGAAGUCAGCUCUCAGUGACUCAGUGGAAGGAGAUGUUUUUGACUCUGAAUUAGGGCUUGAUUCUAAUAGUACAUCAGAAGAUGAAGCAAACAUUCAGAAUGAGGAGGCCUCUAAGGAUUAUGGUAGACUUGAACAUGAUUAUCAGAAAUUUCUUUCGGAAUGUGGCAUUAGUAAAUGGGGAUAUUGGAGGGGUGGUUCUCCUGGGGCCUGAUGGGACCCCUACUGUGAAUUCUUGGAUUCUUAUGUACAGAGUUAUAGUGAUUUGUGCCUUGCUUUUCUCCAAUACUUAGCUCAAUUAUUUUUAAUCCGUUUCUUGAACGUGUGAUUGGCUAUAAUAAUAAUAAUAAUAAUAAUAAUAAAGCUUCUGAAUUUUAGCUUUUUAUUUAA